AUGACGAACACUCCUUUUCCGUUCGAAAGACUACCAGCCGAGCUGCGCGGUCACGUCUACAAGUACCUCCACUGUACCACCAAGUACGCCACAGCGCGACGAGACGAAGCCAGAACGCCUGUGGUUGUCGUCAGAUUCUCUUAUAUCGAACGCGCUAUAGUCGCUGUGUCAACGGCAAUCCGAAACGAAGCUGAAAAGGUCAUCGACGAGGAAACCCAGAAGUGUGGCCCGGCUCAGCUCAUCGCAGAUUGCGAUUACUUCCACCUCGUCCCUGAGGUUCUGGCCGAUAUUCGAAAUGCUCGGAACAGCUAUGUACCACCGAACAUGGGACUGGCUGUUGACGAGCGUGAGGACUUCAACAUCAGGUUCACCGGCAGAAACCUACUCGAGCAGGCUCGGAUGGACGCGGUUAUGUAUCAGAUGUGGAUGCGCCUCGCAAACCUAUACCUCAAGACGAACGAGCGAAUUGAGAUCGGUGUUUGGAUUGGGAACGACGCCGCUUGCUACGAGUUUGUGCAACAGCUCGACUCGGCUAUUGAAGAUAUCAUCAAUCCCCGCUGGGACGCGUCUGACUCGGGUAUGUACCGUCCCAAAUUUGCGGUUACAAUCGAAUGCUCUGGAGAGGUUGAAUCGGACGUGGAAGACGUUGUUCAGGAUUUCAAGGAUGCGCGUUUCGAGGUUAGCGAAGAACUGGAACCGGAAGAGAUGCAGUCGAAAUGGGGCGUCCAGACCUUUGACGGAGUGUUCGACCAGAAGGAGUUGUCGAGCGACGAGUCUAGCGAAGAUUCAGAUGAGGAAUUGGACUGA